UUUCGUCAUCCGGUUCCUGUUUGUGGCAGCGGCCCGCGGAAAUUUGAAAUGGCUGACGGGUUGUUGACGGGUGUCGUUCUGGAGCCUCCCGCCGUGGUUCCACAGCACUUUGACCAGGCGGUUGCAGAGAAACCGGCGGCCCUGAAGAAAGAUUUAUUCCUUUGUGAAGAUGAAUGCAGUGAUCAUAGCUAUCAUGAUAAGCCAGGUACUGCUUUACUAACUCUUGAGCCAGAAGGAAACCCUCUUUUGCCACAAAUUAUACCAACAAAUGAACUUUUGUUUUAUGAGAGAUUCAGAGCCUAUCAAGAUUACAUUUUAGCUGACUGCAAGGCCUCUGAGGUAAAAGAAUUCACAAUCAGCUUCUUGGAGAAGGUCCUGGAACCAUCUGGAUGGUGGGCAGUCUGGCACACUAAUGUUUUUGAGGUGCUGGUUGAGGUUAUAGAUGUGGACUUUUCAGCUUUGAAGGCAGUAGUGAAGCUUGCUGAACCAUGUAUCUGUAAAUCUAAAUUGAGCACUUUUACCUUGGAGAGAGUGAAGGAACUUUUGGAUCUGAAGGAGUUUCGACUGCCUCUGCAGGAGUUGUGGGUGGUGUCUGAUGAUUCUGGAGUAUUUGACCAGACAGCAUUUGCAACUGAACAUGUCAGGUUUUUCUACAAAAACAUUUGGAGGAGUUGGGAUGAAGAAGAGGAAGAUGAAUAUGAUUAUUUUGUUAGAUGUGUUGAACCUCGAUUGAGAUUGCAUUAUGAUAUACUUGAAGACCGAGUUCCUUCAGGACUUAUUACUGACUACCAUAAUCUGUUGUCUCAGUGUGAAGAUAGUUACAGGAAAUUUUUAAAUCUGAGAAGCAGUUUGUCAAAUUGUAAUUCUGAUUCUGAGCAGGAAAAUAUCUCCAUGGUGGAAGGGUUAAAUUUGUAUUCAGAGAUUGAACAGCUGAAACAAAAGCUGAAACUCAUUGAGAAUCCUUUGUUGAGAUAUGUAUUUGGUUAUCAGAAGAACUCGAAUAUCCAAGCAAAGGGUGCUCGUCCAAAUAGCCAGAAGGUCACCCAUGUCGUCUCCUCCAUCAUCAAGGCCAGUCUGCUUCGGUCUCUAUUCAGGGACAGGUUUUGUGAGGAAUCUUAUAAAGAAGAAUCAGAAAUUCAGUUCCACAGUGAUCUGUUGUCUGCUAUAAAUGCCUGCUAUGAGGGUGACACUGUCAUUGUUUGUCCUGGCCAUUAUGUGGUUCAUGGCACAUUCUCCAUAGCUGACUCCAUUGAGUUGGAAGGGUAUGGUCUGCCAGAUGAGAUUGUAAUAGAAAAGAGGGGCAAAGGAGAUACUUUUGUGGACUGCACUGGUGUGGAUAUUAAAAUUUCAAGCAUAAAAUUUGUUCAGCAUGAUUCUGUAGAAGGAAUCUUAAUCAUUCACCAUGGCAAGACCACACUGGAUAACUGUGUACUGCAGUGUGAAACUACAGGAAUCACAGUACGAACAUCAGCAGAACUUUUAAUGAAGAACUCAGAUAUAUAUGGUGCCAAGGGUGCUGGUAUAGAAAUAUAUCCUGGAAGUAAGUGUACGCUGAGUGACAAUGGAAUCCAUCACUGCAAGGAAGGGAUCCUUAUUAAGGACUUCCUAGAUGAGCAUUAUGAUAUUCCCAAAAUAUCCAUGGUAAAUAAUAUCAUACAUAAUAAUGAAGGUUACGGUGUUGUUUUGGUGAAACCUACAAUUUUCUCUGAUCUACAGGAAAAUACCCAAGGUGAAACUGAAGAUAAUAAAGCACUUGAAGUUCAGACCAGUGGAGAGGCCUGUGCCACUGAAAGAGAGGAUCUUGAAGAGCUGCUUCAGUGUGCAGCUGGCCAAAUGGAGUAUUAUGCCAGAGCUGACUUUUCAGAACAAGCUGAGGGAAAUUGUGAAAUUGUAAAUGAACUGGUUGCUGCCUCUACACGAAAAGGUCAGAUGAAGAAAAGAUUGAGUGAACUUGGAAUCACACAAGCUGAUGACAACAUAAUGUCACAGGAGAUGUUUAUUGAAAUUGUAGGGAACCAGUUUAAAUGGAAUGGCAAAGGGAGUUUUGGCACAUUUCUUUACUAACUACAAUGAUGUAAAUAGAUUUUGCACAUGUCCUAAAAAUCAUGCUGCUCACAGUUUGCUUCAUGGCUGUAUUUUAUAUUUGAUAUACUCAUUUAGGCUUCUGGAUUUAUUUUUAUCUGCAUGUAUUAUACAUAAAGCACUCCUUUAUAAGAAAGUAACAAAAGCAUAAAAUAAGGCUGAAGAUGUAUGUAGCUCAGUGGUAGCGCACUUGCCUAGCCUGCCCAAAGCCCAGCAUGAUCCCUAAAAGGAAAGAAUUGGAGAUUUCUUACCUAGGAAAUAUGCUUUCUUUUAAAUGCAUAGUUGUCCCAUAUUAAGUCUGCUAGUUACUCUUCCGCAUUACUAGCAUUUACCUUAGCAUUGAAAGAAGAAGAAGAAAGACAGGGAAUGAAAGAAGUGAGACCAAUUAUGUAGUAGGUAUCACAUGUUCUUCUGGGGUUGUUCUUUUUUCUGGUUUAUAAUGAGUCUGAUUUCUAUAUUAUAUUUAAGUAUUAACUUAUUUAAGACAAGUAUUAACUUGUCUUAGAAUGAGAUCUGUGAUUGGAAAGUUGCCUACCUAAUAAGACUAUUGAAAAUCUGAAUGGGAUACAUUUUUAUGUUGAACUUUGUUGUCAUCAAAUCAGCAAUAGACAACAGAUUGCAUGUUUAAAGCAGAAAUGUGUGCAUACACUAUUGGAUAUAAAUAUUAAAAAGAAAGUAUUUUUUUCCUUUCACUGCAGCAUUAUUGUGGUUAUACUUCCCUAUCUUCCUUUCCUUCCUUUCUUCUCCCCUCCUAUCCUUUUCUAUUUUAAGACAGGGUCUUUUGUACCUCAAAACUAUGUAGUCAAGAAUGACCUUGAACUUCUGAUCCUCCUGUCACCACUUCCCAAAUGCUAUGAUUACUGACAUGAAGCACCAUGCUCUGUUUUAUGUGGCACUGGAGAUUGAAUUUGCAUGCUGAGGAAGUAUUUAGCUAUAUUCCCAGUACUCUAAUCAUUUUU